GGAGCAUGGCUGCCAGGGAAGCGGGCGGCGUCGUGCUGGGCAAAUCCGCCGAGAAGCUCUUCUCUCUGAGCGGGCUCUUCGCCGUCUACAAGCCCAAAGGGCCCACCUCGGCCGGUGUGCUCAACCUGCUGAAGGAGAAGCUGCUGGCAGAAGCUGGUGUGCAAACAAAUGGGAACAAAAGAAACCAGGUUUUGAAAAUUGGACAUGGUGGAACUUUGGACAGUGCAGCGGCAGGAGUUCUGGUGGUUGGUAUUGGAAAAGGAACAAAAAUGCUGAGAACGAUGUUGGCAGGUUCCAAGUACACUGCCAUUGGACUACUGGGCAAAGCUACUGAUACAUUAGAUGCUACAGGAAAAGUAACUGAAGAAAAACCUUAUGACCAGAUAACAAAAGGAGAUCUUGAAAAUGUGCUGCAGAAGUUUACAGGGGACAUAAUGCAGGUUCCUCCACUCUAUUCUGCUUUGAAGAAGGAUGGAGAGAGGCUAUCAACUCUGAUGAAAAGAGGAGAAGCAGUUGAAGCAAAGCCAGCUCGGCCAGUAAGAGUGUACAGCCUCUCUCUCCAGCAGUUCCAGCCACCACUCUUCACGCUGGAUGUUGAAUGUGGUGGUGGCUUUUAUGUCAGGAGCCUGGUCAGUGACAUCGGCAAAGAACUCUCUACCUGUGCCACUAUGCAAGAGCUGACCCGAACCAAACAAGGGCCGUUUACGCUGGAGGAACACGCCCUUUAUGAAGACAAAUGGACAAUUGAUGAAAUUGCACGAUCCUUAGAGCAUUGCACGUCUCUUCUCCCGGAUGAGCCAUCUCAUAAAAAAUUGAAGACAGAGCAUCCUGGUGAAACUGCUGUGAGCUGUGAAGAUAAGUGAUAAGUUGAGUCAAGGAAAGAGACUGAAUGAUUGAGACAUUUUAAGAUUGGAUUGGGAUUGUCUUGCCUCCUGUGUAAAUUUACAAGCCUGUACUGGGAGGAUGACAAACUGCAGCGCAAGAAAAAUGGUUCUUUUGUUUUCUGGGGUUGGAACAUGCACUGAAAAUAUCCAGCGCUUGCUGUUUCCUGAUCUGUUUAUUUUCCUUCUUGUACACUGUAAAUGGGUCUGAUGUCAAAUCUUCAUAAACUUUUAAAGAAUUUGUAGGGUGCAAUAUAACUGUUGUUGCAAAUUCCUCAAUAAAACAAUUAUAAACCCUAAGGUUUGAUAAAUGUCCUCCAAAAAAAAGUAUCUUUUUUUUUUUCUUUAUAGCUGGUAAUCAAACCCUGAAAUACUAUGGUGACAAGACGGUCAUAGCUUGCAGAAUCCAAGAAUGUGGUGUGGCAGUUUGCUUACUUGGAAUCCAUUUCAGGCUAUGUCCAUUUUACUGUAGUUUUCCCUAUGAAGAUUGUUAUUUCAGUCAAAUAUCAGCCAGGAUGCAUCAAAUGGAGAUGCUAGUACUUUAUCUUAAGUCGGAAAUACCAGUGUAAGUGAAUAGUUUUAAGUAUAAGCAAUCCCUGAAGAGAACUGUUUGGUAACAAAUGCUCUGAAGAGUGCAGUCAUCAUUACAGGUAUAUAUAUUUUAUUCUGGUACAACGUCCUAGUUGGAGACCACCCACCAUUUAAAAUUUAGUGAACUGUUAUGCCCUUCAUGGAAUUUACUUUUGUCAUGUGUGUGUUGCUUGAGCUGUCUCCUGUGGGUUGGGUAGGAGGCUGAUGUGCUUCUGGGCUUUGACCGUCCUAAAAGGACUUCCCCAUGUCCCCGUACAAGUUAGUAGUGGCUCUAUUUAUCUCUUGUCAUAAUGAGGAACACGAGUAGUUUUACCAUGUGAGUGGUAUCUGAGAGAAAACCCUGCUUUUCAAAUAGUCACUGAAAUGUCACCGGAGAGGAGUGGCUACUGUCACAGUUCUGUGCUGCUGCUGGCCAAGUGGCCUGCUGUGGCUUUGUGACUCCUGCACAUUUGGGUUUUGGUUCUGGAGUACAGGGACUUGACUCUCGUACUCUGAGUGACUGAACGCUUUAAAGCCAGGAGUUUGUGCUUGUAUUAGGGUGUAAUAUUUACAGAGAGACAUGAAAAUUUGAUUUAAUAGUCUGUGUUAAUGGACUUGCUACUUUCCAUGGUGAGUUAUCUUGGUAGGUAAUUACCUCUGUUGCUUAAAAGAAGUUGUGUUCUAUUCCCAACUUGACUUGAAUCUCCAAAUGCUGCAUUUGAUGUCUUUGCACCUUACAGAAAGGAAUUUCUUUGUGUGCUGAGUGAAAUGAGCAAGUUCCAACCUUACUUUCAACCUAAGAAAUGAAAUAAAUACCCUGAAGUUUCUCAUUGCAGGAUACCUUUCCAGAAAUCUAUAGGGUUUUUUGUGUUCUAUAAAAUAAGAAACUGAAGUCUAUGCAAAAUUAAUGAAGCUUUUGUUUAGAGAGAGGAUAGAGUUCAUGUUUUAUUGUUGAGUAAACAGACAGUUUUCUUUUGUAUAUUCUUGUAAAGAACUUAAGGGAAAUAUUGAAAAUCUCACAAACCAAUUGAAACGUUAGAGAACUGUAGCAGCAGUGUAUUUAAUGUACAAUAUAGAUGGAGCCACCAUGGUUAGAAAUUUUGAUUUCAGAGAUGGGAGAAAAGAGCUGUGUUCAGUAAAAGAACAGUGGGAGAUUUUAGUUACUUCUUUUCAGGUUGGGUUUUUUGGUACUUUGGAUGGGAAAUGAGAAGAAAGAGAUUAUUUCCUAAAGAAAUCAAAUAAAGCAGUAAAUGUCA